UUGUUUAAGAGUUUAACUUAAUGACAUAAUACUGAAAUCUUAUUGGAUGUAAAGAUUCCAGAUCUCUAUUGGUCCUGUUUUCUGAUUUUAACCAAUGAGAGACGGAUAAAGUGAAAAGUUGGUAAUGAGCUGGUUUAAAAGAAUGGACAGUAGCAAUCUUGAGACUGGAGAUGAUCAGCUGGAUAAUGACGUCAUGGAACAGGCCGGACUGAGCACAGAUGUACAAGUACAACAAAGAUCAAGAACAUGGGAUUUACAAAAUGCUGGAAGAGUUAGAAAUAAUCUACAGGAUGGAUUUGAGCCGGGUUCCAGGUUUGAGUGCACAAGAUUAAAGGAUUCUCUGCAAAGAACGUGUUUGUCUAACCCCCAAUGUGAGCCUAAACGAUUAGAACCCUGCUUAUCGAAUAUGUGUACCCGAGCAAGUUUUACAGAGUUGAGUAUUCGAGCAAUGGAAGAACUAGCGAUGGUGGUGAGUGUAAUGGCUCUCUGUACUUUCAUGUACCUCGGACUGGCGUUGAUCGAGAGACUGGUUGGGAAAUUAAUUGAAAAAAAUGAAGAGAAAAAAGAAGAUGGUUCGUAAUUAUUAUGAGAAAUGUCAAAAGCAAAAACAUUUAUCUCGGUCUUUUUUAAAAUAUAUUUUUAAUCCAAUUUCUUGAUCAUGAAAUAUUUGAAACUUAUUUUUUUUGUGAAAAUGCAUAAACCUUUUUAUUCAAAAAAUUUUAAUUUAUCGAUACAUAUUUAUAAUAUAUAUUGUCUUUGCGUUGAAAAGCAAGAUUCGAUUUUUAUUUUAAGAACUGCGUUUUAAGUUUCACGUUUUAAAAUAACGUGAAUUUUGGGAAUAGAUUAAUUUAAAAUUUUCAAAGGAAAAUAAUUUC